AUGGGUUUCGGUGCUUGGUUUAUGAACAAGGCUUACACCUUUGGUAAUGCCUUCUAUGAUUUGGUCAUGACACGACAAUCGGAUCGUGUUGUGCACAAGUAUGAAAAGAUGAAUAAGAAUUUGCCUCCAUAUGUAGCCAUGAAAACAAGUGUUACUUCUCAUUCCGUUGAUGAAAAAGAAAACAAAAUUAUCAUCAAUUUAGAGAAUAACUUCCGUGUAGUUCUUCAAUGUAUCGAUGGCAAUGUAUGGAAGUUGUCGUUCAUUCCUCCAGAAACGGUUGAAUUCCCAUCUUUGAUUGUGAAUAUUGAUGGAAAAGUGAACCAUGUUGCUGUAGUACUUGAUGAAGAAAACGAAGAUUUUGUUUCUUUUAAACCAGCUACCUCAGAGUCAACCAAAGUCAAAAUUAUCAAAAAAGAUUUUUCUAUCGAUAUCCUAUCCAAAUUUAAUGAAAAUACUUUUGUUCCAUCAUUCGGAGGCAUCAAGUUCGCAACAAGACCAAAUCAUCAACAGCCAACCAAUGUAUCAUUUGGAUAUAGCCAAUGUGACGAGGUUAAAUGCCUUUCAAACGAAUGGUUUGGGCUUGGUGAAAAAUCUAAUAGUGUCAAAAAGAAUGGAAGAAAGUACUUGUUCUGGAAUUUUGAUUCAUUUGGCUAUGUCAGCGAUUCUGACCCUCUUUAUCAAAGCAUACCUUUUGGAAUUAUUUCUUCUAAAUUUGAAAUCGCUCCUGGAAAGACUGAAAGAAGAUUUAAUGGUAUUUAUAUUGACAAUUAUGGAUUGCAACAAUGGGAUCUUACCACUGAUGAAAGAUUUUCGGCCAACAUGGAGAGUUUACCUUGUAACAUUUAUUUCAUGGCAAAUAGUGCUAAAAAUGCUUUUGAAAUUUCAAAAUGUUAUGAAAUGUUGACUGGUACGAACCCAAUGGUACCUUUGUGGGUGUUGGGAUAUCAUCAAUGUAGAUGGUCCUAUUAUCCAGAUACACAGGUUAAGCAAAUCUCUCAAGAAUUUCGUGAUCGUGACAUUCCUUGUGAUGUUAUUUAUCUCGAUAUUGAUUAUAUGGAAGGAUAUAGAGACUUUACAUGGAGUAAGACGGAUUUUCCAAAUCCUAGAGAAUUAUUGAAGUGGCUCCACGAUAGAAAAUUUAAAGUUGUUGUCAUUCUUGACCCUGGCGUUAAGGUCGAUCCAAAUUACGACGUUUACACAUCAGGUGUUAAGGGAAACUACUUCCUUGCUCAUCCUAAUGGAAAACUCUACGAAGGUGUUGUUUGGCCUGGAGCCACACACAUGCCUUGUUUCACUUCUGCUCCAGUUAGAAAAUGGUGGGGUGAUUGGUAUAAGGGCUUAAUUGAAGAUGGAGUUGACGGUUUUUGGAAUGAUAUGAACAGCCCAGAUGUUAAGGUGACUCCAAUCGAAGCAGGAACUAUGGAUGAUGAUCUCAUUCAUGUUAUGGACGAGCCUUAUCCAAGUCCUCAGUUCCACAAGGAUGUUCACAAUAUUUAUGGUAGUGCUAUGGCUGUUGCCAGCAGAGAAGGUAUUGAGAAAUUCCAAAGACCUCUCAACAAACGUUCAUUCUUAUUUGCUCGUGCUUGUUUUGCUGGAAUUCAAAGAGUGGCUGGUACAUGGAGUGGUGACAAUCAAUCCACAUGGGAACAUUUAGCUAUAUCUUUGAGAUUAUUGAUGGGACAAAGCAUUUGUGGCCAAUUGAUGGUUGGAGCUGAUAUUGGCGGUUUUAGAUGGAACUGUACUCCUGAGCUUUAUGCUCGUUGGAUUGCAUUUGGCUCAGUAUUUUAUCCAUACUGCCGUACUCACACUGAUAAAUUCACAAUUCAACAAGAACCAUGGUCAUUUGGACAAGAGGUUGAACAAAUUUCAAAGAAGUUUAUUCGAUUGAGAUAUCAAUUAAUGCCAUACCUUUACACAUUGGCUGCUUUAUCAAGCAAGAGAUCCAUUCCAAUGAUUAGACCUCUCUUUUAUGAUUUCCCUAACGAUGAGGAAGUUUAUAAUGUAGAACAUUUAGAUACUCAAGGAAUGCUUGGCUCAUGCCUUUUGGUUGCUCCAAUUCUCAAAGAAAAACAAAAUUCAAGAACAGUUUAUUUGCCAAAACUUGAAGAAGGCAAAUGGUAUGACUUCUUUAAUCCAGAACAAUCCUAUGAAGGAGGACAAGUCAUCACUGUUCAAGCACCAAUCGAUCAUUUACCAUUAUUUGCACGUGGUGGCUCAAUCAUUCCAAUGAGAGAGAAGUCAACUACAGCUGUGUAUGACUUGCAUCUUGAAAAGAUGAUCUUUAAAUCGUUUGGAUCAAAAGUAUCUUCUCUUACUAAUUAUCUUUACCUCGACGAUGGUGCUACUUUGGACUAUGAGAAGGGUAAUUAUGGACUCUAUGAAAUUGAGAACUCUGAUGGACAGUUGAAGUUAUUGGAAGGAAAUGGUUAUCCAAGCCAAUUACAGAUUGGAAAAGACUUUGAAACCAUUGAGGAAUUCAACGCCAAAUUCUAUUGA